AAAUGCCAGCUUGCAAGCGCGAUAACGGUGCAGAUCGGGCCAAACUCAAACUUUUCGAUAUUGACGACGACGCAUUACAUUUAGCACAAACCAAAAAAAGAAAAAAAAUUCAAGAAUAAGACAUUCGUGGUGUUCUUGAUCCAUCAGACCGACCUAGAUCCCGACAUUCCCGUAUGAACUGCACCAAAUCACCCAGACUAUGAACACCACCUUCAACUCGGCGCUCAAGCAGCGCACCACGAUCCGCAAAGACCUCUCGGCGCUCUCCGGCGGCGCCUCCGCCGCCUCCCCGAACGAUGCCCAGCACGCGAAACCGCAGCUGACCCCGGCCGCGCUGGGGUCGCUCUCGGCCUCGCUGACGGCCUUCGCCCGGACGAUCGACGAGUACAGCGCGCUGGCCAAGCAGGAGUUGAACCCGGCCAAGCAGGAGAAGGCGUUCGAGCGCAUCCGCGACUUCCGCGCCGAGCUGUCCGACUUCCGCGCCCAGUUCGACGCCCUCAAGGCCGCCCGCGACGACGCCGCCCACGCCGAGAACAGGCGCGAGCUGCUCGGCAGGCGGCCCUACGCCACCGCCACCCCCGAGAACCCGUACGCGGGGACGGCGACGGCAACCACGUCCGGGUACGGGCUCGCCGCGGGUGCCGCCGGGCGCGGGCACGCGCGGACGACGAGCGUAGCCGAGGCCGGCGGCGGCGGCGGCGGAGGAGGAGGAGGAGGAGGAGGGUUAGGGUUGGGGAUGGGGAGCGGCGAUGUCACGCGGGAGAGUCACGCGCUGCGGGAGCAGCAGUUCUUUGCCAACACGCACUCCGCGCUGGACGAGUACAUCGCGCGCGGCCAGGCGGUGCUGGGCGACCUGAGCCAGCAGAGGGAGAUGCUCAAGUCGACGCAGCGGAAGCUGUAUUCGGUUGGCAACACGCUCGGCAUCUCGGGGGACACGAUCCGGAUGAUUGAGCGCCGGGCUAAAGAGGACAAGUGGAUCUUUGGGGUGGGCGUCGUCGUGUUUUUCCUGUUUUGCUGGCUGGUGCUGCAUUAUUUGAGGUAGCAGCGGCCUGUGUAUGUGUGGGAAGACGAUGGGGGCAAGGGGGCGGCGAUUCUAUCUUGGAUCACUGCGUACAUACCUAUACGUAGGAGCCCGUGCAUCAUUUUUUAGCGAGGAGUUUAGGCGUUU